ACAAAAGUAACUUAAUUCAGCAAAGCAUUUAAACGGCUGCGUGUCUUGACAAAUCAUGCUAUACUGCAUGUGGCGGUUCGGUAAAUAGAUGGGAAAAGUUCAAGGUUUAACAAUAUUUGCUUUCCUCCCGUUUAACAAGUAGGACACUGAAAAAAAAAAAAAUUAAAGAACGAAACUUAAGAAGUAGUUUGGGUAAGUCGGUGGUAUUUCUCGUUGGAAGGCGAAAGAAAGUAAAACCUGAUCUAGAUAUGACAGCUUAUGCAAACGCAGCACAAGGAGCGCAGUCGGACUCCAAGCAACCUGUUCUGCUCGCGACAGCAGAGGCUGAGGAACACGCGGGAAGCGGGCACGCGCCGCUCGGCUCUGACUUCGUCAGCUUCGCCGCAGCUCGUCUGUCUGCCUGUUGUCAUGGAGGAGCCAAGAUGGCGGUCCUGGCCUAUAGCCUAGGCAAACGGGAAAUAAAUCAAUAUUUCAGCAUCAAAAAUGCAAAAUUGCUGUCUGUCGCCGCCGUCGUCCUUCUCACUGUGUUCCACACGGCUUCUCGACAUUAUGGAGGCAGUGACACAUGUGACUGGCUUUUAGCCAGUGGACGUUUUUUAGGGGACAAUGUAUGGCAGCCCUAUGGCUGCAUGCUACACAAGUACAAAAGCACUGAAGCAAAGUUAUGCCUCAGAGAGAAGAGAAUAGCAUUUGUAGGAGACUCUAGAAUACGCCAGCUCUUCUAUUCUUUCAUCAAAAUGAUGAAUCCUGAGGUGAAAGAAGUUGGGAACAAGCAUGAAAAUAUCCCAUUUGUAGAUGGUGAUUCCACUGUCGACUUCCUGUGGUAUGCUGAAGUGAGCAAUUCCUUGAAGGAGCAGUUGAUGUUAUGGACAGAGGGAUCUCCUUCCAAACCACAUGUCGUCAUCAUUGGUGCUGCUACGUGGUCCAUCAAGUUGCACAAUGGCAAGAGUGAGGGGCUCUUUCAGUACAAAGCAAACCUCACGGCUAUAUCCGACACACUGGAAAAACUAGCUGAGCACAGCGAGGUCUAUUGGGUUCUGCAAGAUCCUGUUUAUGAGGACGUGCUAAGUGACAGUCGAAAGAUGAUCACAAACGAGCAGAUAAAUCUGUACAAUGAGGCAGCGGUUAGUACUCUGAAUACCAGCAAAAAGAAGGUCAAGUUCUUAGAGGCCUCUCGGCAAGCUGCUAUGGAGACCAUUUCCCAAUCGGUGGAUGGCUUGCAUCUUCCUGAGAGCACAAGAGAUGUUGGCGCCAUGGUUCUGAUGAACUCCAUGUGCAACAAGAUCCUAAAGCCCAUUGAUGGCUCUUGCUGUCAGAGCGCUCCUCCCCUAAGCAUCCUUCAGAAGAUAGCUGUUAUUCUCUUUCUGCUGUCUAUCAUCAUCUUCCUCAUCCUUGGCUAUAGUAGACAUCAUAAGAGCAGACCCGUUCCUGAUGUGGAGAGCGGAGAGGACAAGAAACCCCCUGUUGUUUUGGGUCAACUGAAUUCAAACGGACCUUUACUGGCCAUUGGCAAAAUGAGCCUUAUCAUGUUGUACUUCUACCUGUGUGACAGGGCAGAUAUCUUUAUGAAGGAACAGAAAUUCUAUACACAUUCUACCUUUUUCAUCCCUCUCAUCUACAUCUUCGUUCUGGGCAUCUUUUACAGUGAGAACAGCAAAGAGACGAAACUCUUGAACAGAGAGCAAACGGAUGAAUGGAAGGGCUGGAUGCAGCUGGUUAUCCUUAUUUACCACUUUUCUGGAGCUAGCACUUUUAUACCCGUGUACAUGCAUGUCCGUGUCCUGGUAGCUGCAUAUCUCUUCCAAACAGGAUAUGGACACUUCUCGUUCUUCUGGCUAAAGGGAGACUUUGGACUUUACAGAGUGUGUCAGGUUCUCUUCAGGCUUAACUUCCUUGUGGUGGUUCUGUGUCUGGUUAUGGACCGGCCUUACCAGUUUUACUACUUUGUGCCUCUUGUCACCUUUUGGUUUGCAGUUAUUUAUGCUACAAUGGCAUUGUGGCCACAGAUUCUUCAGAAACAAGCUAAUGGUAGUGCAUUCUGGAAUCUGGCAUUAUUGUUGAAACUUCUGGGUUUGCUUCUUUUCAUCUGCUUCUUUGCCUACUCACAGGAACUCUUUGAGGCUGUUUUCUCUUUGUGGCCCAUUUCAAAGCUCUUUGAGCUGCAAGGUAGCAUUCAUGAGUGGUGGUUCAGGUGGAAACUAGAUCGAUUCGCUGUGAUCAAUGGGAUGCUCUUUGCGUUCAUAUAUCUGCUGCUGCAGAAAUGUCAGCUGCUGUCUGAGGGCAAAGGAGAGCCUCUCUUCUCCAACAAGAUUUCCAACUGUCUGCUCUUCGUCUCUGUGGUGUCAUUUAUGACAUACUCCAUAUGGGCCAGUGGGUGCAAAAACAAGUCUGAGUGUAAUGAGAUGCAUCCAUACAUUUCUGUUGUCCAGAUUCUGGCUUUCAUUUUGAUCCGGAAUAUUCCUGGUUACGCUCGCUCUUUGUACAGCUCGUUCUUUGCAUGGUUUGGAAAGAUCUCCCUUGAGCUCUUCAUAUGCCAGUAUCAUAUUUGGCUGGCAGCGGACACCAAGGGCAUCCUGGUCCUCAUUCCUGGAAACCCCACUUUAAACAUUAUCGUCAGCACAUUCAUCUUUGUCUGUGUAGCUCAUGAGAUCUCCCAGAUCACCAAUGACUUGGCCCAGGUGGCCAUUCCUAAAGAGAGCGGGCCUCUACUGAAGAGACUGCUGGGGGCAGGAGUCUUUCUAGGUCUGGUACUGAUGCUGUCUCAAAACAAGUAAUCCAGGGUAACCAGAGACAGUAGCACACCUCGUCCGGUUAGGAUCCUAAUGAACGGUCUGUAUAAAAUCAAGAAACUCGACCAGCCUUGAUCCAGGGAAGUCUUACGGCAUGGAUCUGUAUACAAAACUCAAGCUGGAGCUGAAGCCAAGGACCAUGGAGCAAAAGUGGUUCAGAUGAUCAAACAAGGAUUCUUAAAGCAGGACGUUUGCAGUAGACUAAUAACACAUACUGUACAAAUGACAAGUACACCUGUGCUCUGCCCUCUCUCAUAGCUCUGAGAUGUGUUUUAUGGACAGUAUUUAAUAAUUUAUGUUUCUAUUUUAUAUGGGGUUAUGUGUUUGUGUGUUCUCAUUGUCUCCCAGUUCUCAGUUUUUGUACAUGACGCCUAUGACUGCAAAAUGUGAAGAAGUAAUACAUUGCUGCUUCUCACCUUGUAAAACUGACAAAACUACAUCGGCUCGUGCACCAAAUGUUUCCAUA